GUAGCGUACGCCAAAGAAUUGACACCGACCGCAAAUGUCAUCGAUGGACGCACAUAUCGAUAUAAGAUCAAUUGCGCUUCGCAUUCCUACACUUAAUACUGCUUUGUGUUUUUGUUUUGUUUAUUUUUUUUACAUUGAUCAAACUACAAACGCAAUCAACAAUAAAUUUAGUUCGGCAAUUUGGUGAAGUGUGUGAUCAAAGUCUUCAAUUAAUUGGAAUUGCAAUGGCCAUGGCCUUUCGCUUGUCCAAGCACGAAACGAGCAUCAUCAGUGCGGAAGACACAUCGCUUGAGCAACUCGACUCUAGCGUCGAGAUGCGUUCGCGUUCUCCGUCGCCACUGAUAUUUAAUCCACGCAAAUUGCGCUUCGCCGACGACGAUUUUGACAAGGAUCGACAGGAGAGUCCGCAACAAAAAAAGAAGCCAAAUGCUGUAUCGCGUGACAACGACAUGUCGCCACCAUGCCAAAAAGUGCGCGCACUUCGUCUUUUCAACACACCAGCAACGCCAAAGACUAUAUUGCAGAAGUCAACAACAAACUGCAAUCAUCUAUCAGCCGCUGCAGCUGCGGCGAAUUCGGUCAAACGUGAGGAUGUCUACAAAGUCACAGAACGUCCGCGCUCGCUGCCGCUGCACAACCACAGAACGAUGCAGCCCCAAGACACGGCCAAUGUGAAUCCCUUCACACCAGACAGUCUGUUGGCGCACAACAAGAAGCGCUGUCGCACUCAGUUCGGACGCGAGAAUCUCAAUUUGAGCGCCAUGCAAAAGUUUCUGCUCAGUGAUGCCGGCGAGGACGAUGGCGCACAGGAUGCCAAUGGCCUGGACAGCAUGCGCGAGAUACAUCAACAGGCACCCAAGCGAUUGGCUCUGCACGACACAAACAUCAGUCGUUUCAAGCGCGAGUUCAUGCAGGUUAGCGUCAUUGGCGUGGGCGAAUUCGGAGUCGUCUUUCAGUGUGUGAAUCGACUUGAUGGUUGCAUCUAUGCCAUUAAAAAGAGCAAGAAACCCGUUGCGGGCAGCUCAUUCGAAAAGCGUGCCUUGAACGAGGUGUGGGCGCAUGCGGUGCUCGGCAAGCACGACAAUGUGGUGCGCUACUAUUCGGCCUGGGCGGAGGACGAUCAUAUGUUGAUACAGAAUGAAUUUUGUGAUGGGGGCAGCCUGCAUGCGCGAAUCCAGGAGCAUUGCUUGGGCGAAUCCGAGCUUAAGAUCUUGCUGAUGCAUGUGAUCGAGGGCCUGCGUUAUAUACAUUCCAAUGAUUUGGUGCACAUGGACAUCAAGCCAGAGAACAUAUUCUCCACCAUGAAUCCCACCGCUCACAAGACACAGCCGCAGGUCAGCAAGGAUGAUGACGGCAUGGAUAGCGUGUACGAGGAGCUGCGCAGCUCUGAGAAUCUUGUAACAUACAAAAUUGGUGACUUAGGACAUGUGACGUCCGUGAACGAGCCGUACGUCGAGGAGGGUGAUUGCCGCUACCUGUCCAAGGAGAUACUGCAGGAGGACUACAGCAAUCUGUUCAAGGCGGACAUCUUCUCGCUGGGCAUAACGCUCUUCGAGGUGGCUGGCGGCGGACCAUUGCCAAAGAACGGGCCCGAGUGGCACAAGUUACGCAACGGAGAGGUGCCGGCCAUACCAGCGUUGAGCAAGGACUUUAAUGAACUCAUCGCGCAAAUGAUGCAUCCCGAGCCGAAUGAGAGGCCCAGCUCCAUGUCCAUCUACAGUCACCCAAUUCUGAGUGCUGUGGAUUCAAAGAGUAAAUUGCAGCUUGGUCUGGAGCUGACUGUGGAGAAGCGUAAGAACGAGAUACUGAUGAACAAAUUGAGGGAGGCAAAGAAACAAAUUAAGAUGCUGGAGCAGAAAGUCUCUGUUCUGGCUACCUCUAAUACACCGGAACCAUUGGACGGCCAACGUUGCCUGCGCUCCUUUACGAGACGCAUGCGUACGCCGUUUGGAUCGCAUGGUAAAUUUCAUAAUCUGGCCGAUCGAAAUAAGAAUGUCAUCACAAAUGUUUGACUAUUGAAAUCAAUCUAAUACAAAACGCCGGCACUAAACUCUUCCGCACUUCAACGUGAACUAAGCUCACAUUCUUGUUAAUUUUAAGCAUGUAAUCGUAGUUGUAAGUUGUUGCUAAUAUCAAUUUGCAAAUCUCAUGCCUCGUGAUCGUUCGAGGUCUGUUCCUAAUCUAUCAGCAAAAGAAAACACCGGAUGAAUGGUAUACAUAUAUAAAUCUAUAUUUCUCAACUCAGUGAAUUUUCUUGAAUAAAAAAGGCGCGCCAUAAGGUAUUGCCUUAAAUU